GUGGUGAUUGGCAUUGAAUUGGACCUCACCCGUUCGAGUCAAAUUGAGGAGCGCUCCUACUGGUUCGCAAUCGAAGCACUUUUUGCACUCUUCUUUUUCGUCGAAGCCAUUCUUCGGAUACAUCAGCUUGGCUAUGACUACUUUCUUGACUCUUGGAAUGUCUACGACUAUACACUGGUUGUUCUUAGCGGAGCUGAUAUCGUUGUUUCUGUGACACUUCCAGAGUCCGGCGGCCUGGGUAUUGCCAAGUCCCUUCGCAUUCUGCGGCUUCUGCGCAUUUAUCGCAGCAUCAAGGGGCUGAAAGCAUUGUCAGGCAAGGACCUCUUGAGUGGAUGCUAG